GCCAUACUACUGGUUACUAUUUCAGUACAUUAUUAAAUACGGUAGCCAUUCAGUCGGAAAAUGAAUGAUUCCGUUUCAGAUCACGUGCACAGCGCGAGCUAUAGAGAUCCGGUCUCCCGGCACGAACGCACGCGCGCGCGCACGCACGCACGCACACCUGUACGUGGCGACACACACACACACACACACACCUGUACGUGGCGACAGACACACACACACACACGAUGACGAAUAUGAUAUGAUUACACCCUAAUUUUCCGAUUAUGGCAGACCGGCCACGAAUAAGGCGACGGCUCUUCCGGUCAUGUGGUUACCGUAAGACUCAGUCGGUACUCUACUGCUGUUUACACGUAUGUGUAAAGUAUGACAAAACUUGAAAAGGUUGGAAUUUAUUAAGGCACCUAUAACACAGUGAUGCAUGGUAAUUAUGGACUGUGGCUAAGAUGAUCACAUUUAUUUAUUUAUUUAUUUUUUGCUAUUAUGUAUAUACACAUAGCUUAGUUUCAAGCUCGUGUCUCUAUCACUGCCUCUUCGUCAAAGAUUAGACCAGUAACGCGUGUCGUUUACGCGUAGCCCACGCGUAGUCUUUCAUGUUGCCGCAUCAUCAUCAUCAUCAUCAUCAUCAUCCCUUUUUUUUUUCUUCCCCGCUUUCUAAAGUCCACAUAAAAGUGAAUGUGAAACGUGUACGUUUGAUUUGCCUACUUGCGUUAUUGCCCCGCUGCACAUCAACGUCGACUCGUUCUCACAAAAGGAGAACGCUGUAGACACGCCCACCGCGGCGCAGUCCAAUCAGAUGCGCUCAUAUGGAGUUUCAACCUCGGUGCGCUGCCCGAGUGACCGACAGUUGAAACCCCUCGAGCGCACAGCUUUAGUUUGGCGGUGGCACGUCUCCGACUCAAAUAUUGAAAACAAAUUUAAAAAAAAAAAUUUUAAAAGGCAGAAAGAAGGAAGAAAAAAAAAACCUGCUGGGAAACCCACCACGAAGCGGAUACCGAAGUUACUAUUAUUAUUAUUUUUAUUUUUUUGAUUCAGCUGUGGAAGGUAGAGACCUACCCGGUUUUACCGGGCACUUAAGAAUUUUGCGCGAGGGACUGCCAGGUUGUGAUUCACUGAGCCACCACAGCUCAAAGUUGCAUCAGAACACGACUUUCCCCGAGUGACAAGUCAAGUCAUGGGAUUAUUAGACUUCUGUAAUGUGGAUUGUAAGGGCGUUUGAGCAAAAGCUCAGUCUGCGUCGGGACCAUGUGAGUGGAUUCGCGUCGUGGCUUCUGACGUUUCUGGAUAUUUUGAAAAUCAUCGGCAACAGUUGAACCCGACGUCCUUUGCGUGCCUUUCCUUUUCACCAGGUGUCCUGUCUCGUGGGACCACAAUGGGACUUUAGCCUGAUUAGUUCUCCUGACCCCCAUCUUUAGGAAGCUCCAUCCAUGUCUGCCCUGUUUUCUGAGACUCUCUCUGAUGCUUUUCAACAAGUCCGCCUAUCAUACGAUAGGAUUUUAAACAGACUUUCGCGUUGCGCCAUGUCAGUCAUGAACUUGGCCGUGCGCUUGUUGCAGUUGUUUUGCGUGACGCUCCUGUAUUUCUCAGCUGUCAAGAGUGCCUAUAUCCCCAAAGAGAAUGGAGGCAGCACAAAUGAGAUCGUGGCCUUUACUGAUGUCUACAAUAAGUCAAUGUGCCGGCCACGGGAGAUGCUGGUGGAGGUCCAUCAGGAGUAUCCUGAUGACAUUGAGCACAUUUUCAUUCCAUCCUGUGUGGUGCUCAUGCGCUGUGCUGGCUGCUGCAAUGACGAGAUGUUAGAGUGCACACCCACUGCCACACGCAACAUCACCUUGGAGGUACAAAAAUUAAAACCCCUGCGCAUCAAACGCAACUAUCCAAUGAGUUUUGCAGAACACACUGAUUGUGAAUGCAGAGUGAAGAAAGACAUUCAGGAUAAGAUAGAGAAAAAAUCCCGGAAAGACAAGGGGAAGGGUCAAAAGGGAAAGCGAAAGAAAAACCGUGACAAAAUGCGGGAUUUUACUCACUGUAAACCAUGCUGCAGUACAUGUUCUGAGAGGAGAAAAAGACUAUACAUUCAGGACCCUGAAACGUGCCAGUGCACCUGCAAACACUCAGAGGCUGACUGCAAGCAAAAGCAGCUCGAACUUAAUGAGAGGACUUGCAAAUGUGACAAGCCAAGAAGAUGAGCAGUGAUCAGCCUCUAUAGGGUUUUUCUGAAAAAAGGCAUAAACACUAAUUAUUAAUAGCACCGCACUUUGAACCUUCAAUAUAGAUCCGUCAACCCUGGACUCCUGAAGCAUUCCCCUUGACUGACAGAGUGAGUGAGCAAGUGUGAGUGAGCAAGUCUUCCCCUUGUAAAUUUCACAAUAAAUGUGUAUAUUGAGUAAAGAUUUGAGCGAAGACUGAAAAGGACAGAACAAGUAGAAUUGCUGCUAAAUUGCUGCCUAAGAGGAUUGGCCUUGUCAGUGUUUUUGGCUACACAUAUGAAAAUGUGUCAAAAUCACUCACUGAUGCAGCAUAUCACUGGAUUAGCCGUGUUUUGGUUUUUUUCAUAUCAACAUCGACAAACAACAACGGAUAUACAGACAAUUAAUGGGACUGAAAAUGAACAAUAGAUGAAAGAAUACUGGAUUUUGUCAUGACUGGCCUCAUCAAAGAUUAUUAACCUGUUCUGCCAGAUUUCAAUAUCCAGCGCAUCUCAUCUUGUUGAUGAAUGGCAUGAGAAACAUAUAAAAACAAACAACAGAAGAUCCUGUUUUAUCUGCUUUUAUUAAUACAUGCCACUUAUUCUAUAUGGAAAUCACUUUGCCUAGAUUCUGUGACUUGACUUCAUUCUCUACUGAACGACAGAUGACUACUUGAGAUUUAUGGUCACUUAUUUCUGUAAAAUUGUGUGUAUCUUUUUUCUGUCAUUCAGCCUAUAGUGAAUCACAAAAUGAAGAAUGCAAACACACAAGGUCAUUUGAAUGUUUAUUAAUAUCCAUUUGAGCAUUUGACCCCUCAAGUCCAUAAUUUAUAUUUUCAGUAUUCUUACUGUCCAUAUUUAAUUGGUUCUAUUUAUGUGCAGUGUUAUAUUCUGAUCUCUUUCUAAUAAUUUUUAUCGUCAAUCUCACAGUUUGAAGAAAGUGAGUACAUUCCCAUAGCUGAUCGUUUCUGUUUUUCAGUUUGCCUCAAAAAUUGUUUCUCUCUGCAUAUAUAUGGGUUGUGCAGUUUCAAAAAGGCUGUGUGUAUGUGUGUGUGUGUGUGUGUGUGUGUGAAUGAGAGAGAGAGCGAGAGAGUGAGAGAGAGAGAGAGAGAGAGAGA